GUUACCAAAUGCCCCAUGGUGCGCACCCUCGACGAAGUCGCCAGAAAAACCAAAAGAGAAAACGAUAAUUUAAAAACUCGGGGCGAACUUGACGGGAAAGUUAACAGAAACGUCAAGCACAACGACAAUCUAGGAGGAAGUGGAGCAUUGCAGGCCCUUCUGGUUGGGAAGGAGACCCAACAACGCCUCCAACAAUUUUCUUGUACUCUGGGCCUGCAUAUCUCUGGGAAUAAUAAGGGAGCUGCUCUGUCAUAUACCAAUGCAUAUAUAUAAUUGAGGCGGAGGAGAUAUUGGAGGGAAGAUGGGAGGGCGAUGGCAGUAUAGAGGGGGGCUGCUGCUAAUUGCUGUGGUGGUUGUUAUAUGGGUCACCUCCGCCGAAGUCACUCAGACUAUAUUUUUGGCCUACAGACAACCUUUUGCCCUUACAUAUUUGGGAGCAUCUCUUAUGGUUGUUUAUCUUCCUAUAUCUUUGGCAAAGGAUUGGAUCUGCAAUGCAAUAAAGAAGCGCUGCAAGAAAAAUUCCACAGUGAUAGAUUCCAGUGUUGAUAAUUCAUGUUGUCUUAAUUCUCCCUUGAAGGUCCAUGCAUCAUGUGACGAUAUGGAGUCUGAGAUGCAAAUCUAUCUGUCAAGAAAAGAAAGCAAUGGUGAUAUCAGUAUGGAUGAAGAAGAAGGGAAGACCUUAAUUCCAAAGCAUCAGGAAGAUUUGCAAAGUAUGAAGCUUCAAGCAGAGCUCACUCAAAGAGAGGUUGCAAAAAUCAGCUGUUUACUCACACCAGUUUGGUUUGCUACAGAGUAUUUUUCUAAUGCAGCCUUGGCAAGAACGAGUGUGGCAAGUACAACUAUAUUAUCUUCAACGUCAGGGCUAUUUACCCUAUUCUUUGGAGCACUGUUUGGACUAGAUUCUCUAAACGUUGCUAAAGUUGUUGCAGUAUUUGUAAGCAUGGCUGGAGUAGCGAUGACUACUCUUGGGAAGACAUGGGCUGCAGAUGAUGCUGUUCAAAGUACUUCCGUAAAUGGUGAACACUCAGUUGUAGGAGAUGUGUUUGGGCUGCUUUCCGCAGUUUGUUAUGGCCUAUUCACUGUACUGCUUAAGAAACUUGCGGGUUCUGAAGGUGAAAGGGCUGAUGUACAGAAGAUUUUUGGUUAUAUUGGACUGUUUACCCUGUUAACUCUUUGGUGGCCAGUAUGGCCUUUAGCUGCUAUUGGCAUUGAACCAAAAUUUACCAUUCCUAAAUCUGCCAAACUGGAUGAAGUUGUGAUUGCAAAUGGAUUCAUUGGAAGUGUUCUAUCGGAUUACUUUUGGGCACUAUCUGUGGUAUGGACGACACCUCUAGUGGCAACUCUUGGCAUGUCCCUCACCAUUCCUCUUGCCAUGACAGCUGACAUGGUGAUUCAUAGGCGCCACUAUUCGGCAAUCUAUAUGCUUGGUUCAGCUCAGGUAUUUGCAGGAUUUGUGAUUGCAAAUCUUUCAGAUAAAUGUUCACGGAAAAUGGGUUUGUGAUAUUAUAAUACAUUGAGGAUUACUUGUAUUCUUAUCAAGAAACAAAAUAUUCUUUCCCUCCUAUAUUAAAAUUUGUAAAAUAUCAAAUUGGACGAAGUGCAACUGCCAGAUUAAAUUCUUUUACACGUCAUGCACUGAUUUUUUGUUUGUGGCAAGAUGGUGACUUGUUUUGGAAUGAAACGAGCAUUAAAAAUCAUAUCAAUGUUGCCGUGAUGCUGCUAAAAAAUGUAAGAAUAUGUAUAAAUGUCACCACCUCCAAGAAAAUUAUGUGCCUGAAAGUUUUGAAAAUCACUCUUUCAACACCAAGUCAUUGAACUAGCAUGGAGGUAUGUAUUUUGGUUUGAUCAUAACAACACUCAUGACGUUUCAUGCAAUAAAAUAAAAGUGCCAAAAUCUCUUCUUUGGUCUCUUCUUUGGUUUGCAGUUUAUGCUGUGAACUGUAUUCUUGUUUCCCAAAGAAAAUAUUGUGAAUGAAAUAUUCUCUCUGUGGACAAUAUUCCUACAAGAAAUUUCAUUUAUGUUGGAGUCAUCCAAGUUGAAACUACGAUAUUUGUUUUGGUGUA